AUGAUGGAUUCCCAUCAUCGCAACUCGCAAGAUGUCGCCGACACGACGCCGCUGCUACCAGACACAGGCCGCAAUAGGCCCAAGAGCGCAAUGAGUGCGUUUACGGACGAGCUGGUCUAUGCCACCAAGGCCACUUUACAAUGCAGCGUAACCAAUAUCCUGUUGAUAUGUUUGCCGCUUGGUCUUUACGGCACCGAAUGGGGGUUUCCUGGCUGGGCCAUUUUCGUGCUCAAUUUCCUCGCCAUGCUCCCGCUGGCUUCUAUCCUUACCUUUUCCACCGAGCAGCUCGCUGCCAUUGUCGGGUCCGUCGCGGGAGGCCUCAUCAACGCCACCUUUGGCAAUGCAGUAGAGAUGAUUGUUGGCAUCAGUGCCCUCAAGGAGGGAGAAAUUGGCAUUGUGCAGUCAAGCAUGAUAGGAAGUAUCCUGUCCUCGAUUUUAUUGAUUCUCGGCUCAGCCUUUUAUCUCGCCGGACAGGACAAGCAGACGGUCCAUAUCAACGUCGAUGUGGCGGGAAUUCUCACCUCGCUCAUGGUCAUUUCAUGCACCUCUCUUAUUCUUCCAUCGGCGCUUCGCGCUGGCGACCUCAUCACGGAAAGCGCAGACGGCAGCACUGCUGAUUACAUCUUGACUCUCUCACGCAGCACAUCCGUCAUUCUUCUCAUCUUUUACAUCUUGUAUGUCUACUUUCAGUCAGUCACGCACGCAGAUCUUUUUGCCGAGGAAGAGAGCGACGACGGUAAGAAGCUGCACGCAGUGUCCAGCUGUGCAGUGCUGAUUCUUGCCACUCUUGGGAUUGCCUCGAGCUCUGAUGCCCUCGUCGACAGCAUUGACGGCGUCGUCGAAGCCCUGGGCAUCAGUCGCAGCUUCAUUGGCCUCAUCAUUGUUCCAAUCGUGGGCAAUGCGGGCUGUUUUGUGGGAACUGUGCAGUGGUCGCAAACCGGUCGCAUCAACUUGGCCAUCUCCGUCAUUGUCGGCGCAACGCUUCAAAUUUCACUAUUCGUAACUCCGUUCCUGGUCAUUGUCGGCUGGAUUAUUGGCAGAGACAUGUCUUUGCAAUUCGACACCUUUGAAACAAUUGUCCUGACCAUGUCGACCUUGGUGGUCAGUUGCUUGGUGCGUGGAGGAAAGACGAAUUAUUUUGAGGGCAUGCUGCUAGUUGCUACAUACACCAUUAUUGGCGUCGCUUUCUUUGUCCACCCUGACGACGUCUAA